UAUGGAUAGCGAACAACAGGAAGAGUUUGAAGUUCUUCAGUCUAUAUAUGAAGGAGAUGAAAAUUUUAAGACUCUAGAGACAACGAAAUUCACGUAUAAGGUGUCUGAAGGUGACGAUGAACUGAAACAUUUCCUUGUGGAGAUAAGCUGGCCUGCACAGUACCCUCGUGUUCUCCCAGAAAUCAAUCUUGAUGUGUUCUUCAACAAACAUUUAUCGGAGAACACAAAAUCAUACAUUCAAUCUGCACUUUUGGAGCAGGCUAGAACAAGCCUUGGCAAUGCAGUGACAUUUACUUUGUUUGAGUGGGCAAAAGAGAACUCCAGCGAGCUAAUGGCCAACAAUGAUCCCGGAACAUUCAUAAUCAAGGGUGAAGAGGAGGGUGAAGCGGAGGGUGAAGCAUCAACCACUACAAAAGACUCUAACACAAGCAUUAAACCAACCAAAAAAGAAGUGCUGAGUAAAGCACAGAAAAGGCGCCGUGCAGCAAAUCUCGGAACACUACACAAAACUGGAAGAUUUGAAUGUAGUGAUAUUAAAGGCAUGGUUUGUUUGCAGGAGAAAAGCCAAGGGGUUGGAACUGGGUGGAUAUUGUGAAGGUAAAAAGAAUAUUGAUAUUUUUUUAAAUUUUACUAAAUUGUUGAUUGCUGUUUGCCCACAUUGAUGUACUUGACCUGAUACAACUUCCCAGCAUUUAAGUCAAACAGGAAGCAAAAGCAACUCCUAAACAGCCACUGCCAAGAAUGUGUUCUUGUCUACCAAGUAGAUAUACAAAUUGCCUUAGAUUGACUGAGGCCUUGAGAGUAAUCAUAGUAAGCAAUAGUAUGUAAC